AUGGAACCGCUUAAUAAAUUUGGGAAGAAUACAGGAAAACACACUGCGAAGAAUAUAAAUCAGGGGAAAAAACAGCUGCCAGGUUUCAAGAAUAAAAAGCGCAAGUGGGUUCCAGAAGGAAAAAUAUUCGACGGAAGUGUACAAGAAGGGCAGGGUUUUGCUUUCAAACGGAAACAGAAAGCGCAACAUGAGUACAACAAACUGCUCCUUAAGGAGAGGAGGAAAAAUCCAGUUAAAACGUCAUUCGAACACGGGUACCCAGAGCACCUGAAACAUCUGUACCAGGCGGAAGCGGAACAGUUCAGAAAAGAGGAACAGAUGAACCAACAGAGGAGGAGGAGGACUCCCGCAGCCGAUGACGUUUCUGUAGAGGACACGCCCACCUCUCACGCUGCGUCCCAGUCUUCCUCCUCACCCGACCCGCCCCUUGCCCCGCCCGAGGUAGCAGAGUCCGGCAGAUUUAACCUGAGUAAGAAGAAGAUGAGAAAGCUGACUUCUUAUCAGAAAACAAGAGAGGAAUAUGAGAGAACCAAGGAGAAGCGAGCUAAAAAGAAAGAGGAGGCCCUGCGGAACAAACAGCAGAGAGAGGAGGCGCUGAAGAUCUACAAACAGAAGAAAAUGCAGACGUACCAGAUCCUGUGUAAAAAGACCAAAAAGGGCCAGCCCAAUCUCAACCUGCAGAUGGAGUACCUGCUUCAGAGAAUCCACAAUAAGACCCAAAAUCAAACCAAGUGACCAUCAGCCUGUGUCACCGCCACCCUGCAGGGAAACGCUGCACACACCUGGAUUCAGCCAAUCCCUGUGAGGUGAGACUUCACUGGAGCAUGUGACUGAACACAGCACAGCCACUGGCUGGCAGGAGAGCAGAAUUCAGCCCUUCGCCCGGUUGCCCAGGGAAAUACUGUUUCACCACCUCUUUGCUCCAGCUGAUGAAUAAAACGUCUUUGAAUAUUUCGCAUUGCUGGUUUAUCUUUUGGGCUGAAAUGGAAGGCAUCAGAAACUGAACAAAACUGGCAAUAUGUAAAUCAAUAUGGCUUUUGUGUUGUAGUACCCAUGAUUAAAAAAUGUGAACUUGUGAA